GUUAAAAGGAAACAACUAGGCACCCUUGGUAGGGACUGUCAGAACCUUACUAAUACAUUCAACUGAGCUUGCUGAAUUGAAGGCAAUGAUAAUGGGUGACUGGAGCAGAUCAUUGCCCUGUUGCCUCUGUGUGAUUGCAUGUUGUUGGCUCACUGCCUGUGCAGACGUGUCAUGCAAGAAUGAAAAGGGCACUUCUGUGGACUGGUUUAUUUUGUAUAAACUACCCAACGAUAAGAAAGGAAGUGGACUGAAGUAUUUGUACAUGGAUGAAAGCAGUAAUGGUUGGAAAUUUGGGACGAGCAACAUAAAUGACUCAGGCAGUGCAGUGGCACAGACACUGGAGCCUCUCUUUAGAUAUGUUGAGAGAAAGACUGAAGGCUUUGGGUAUCUCUUGUACAACGAUCAGCCCCCAACGAAUGAAGUACCUGCCUCAUCUUUCGGACACAGCAAAGGGGUGAUUCUCCUGGACAGACAAACAGGAGUGUGGUUGGCUCAUAGUACACCAAAGUUUCCAGGAAAAAAGAGGACCUCUUUCUGGCCUGAAAAUGGCAUUUAUUUUGGACAGGCCUUCCUUUGUGUAACAUACCCUUACAAGUUAUUCAGUGACAUUGCCAAACAACUUCAAUACAUUCACAUAUUUUCAUUCGAUUAUGACAUUCCCCAAACAUUCCCAUUAGACCUGCAAUGUGUGGCCCACAGAACAUGCUAUCCAAAAAAAGCACCAUGGGACAGAAAGCUAGAAAUGACAUCUCUAGCAGGAAGCACAUUUGUCAGUUUUGCAAAGUAUGCCAAAUACGGAGAUGAUCUGUACUCCGGGCUGCUUGUUGAACCUUUGGGUGAUGAUCUUCUUGCUAAAGGCUGGGGGCGCCUGCACAAACCCCUGCCAUCAAACUGCUCUGUGAAGCACAAUGUGUACAAUGUGAAAUCAGUGAAACUACCUCCCAUCCCACCGUUCAACAUCACGUCUGACCAUUCGAAGUGGUGCGCCACUAUGGGCAAAAAAACAGGCGUCUGGACGUGCAUUGCAGACAUGAACAGAGAAAUUGGUCAGAUGCGUAGAGGGGGCGGGGCUGUGUGCACAAGCAACACUGCUGUGUGGAAGGCAUUCAUUAAAAUGGUCGACCGCUAUGAAAAAUGCCCUUAAAGCAAACAGCUUUCCUACCUCCUGUUCCUCGCCUGCCCACUGUGUAGCUCAAUCCAAUGUAUAAGUAGUCAUGCUUUCCUGACUCAAGGACCUUGUUGAAAGGCCAGUCAGUAUAUAUUCACAGUUUUGGUUUUAGCUGUCGGAAUGCAAGCUUGCGAACCCUAUACUAAUAAAAAGAUUGUAUUGGUAGUCUUUCUCCAGACAUAUUUCAAGCUCAGAGACAUUAGUCACAUCCACUCGUAACACUUCAUUGUCAGUUUUUAAAAAUGAUGAAUUUAUUUAAAACACUGUUACCAAAAAAGGAGCUACAUUAUUUCCUGUGCAGAACACAGUUUACGGAAAUGGGUUGAUUUGAUUAUCUCUCCUCUGCUGGGAUAAGCUGGGGGUUUUAGAGCAGUUUGCAGUACAGGGGAAUCCAACUGGAUGGCAUCAUGCACUUAUUUUUAGAUGUAGUCCCGGGAUAACCACAGACAGGUGGUUGAUGUAAACCAGGGGGAUUCCCCGGUGCUGUGAAGUGCUCUAAAUAAAUCCAGCUAGCGGGGUAUAGGUAGGUCAAGUCAAACGCUAAGCCCUAUUUUGAAGCAAGUGUAAAAUUGCACGUCGUUUUAAUAAAAUCAGUUUAAAAAAAAAAAAAAAAAAAAAAAAAAAAAAAACUACACUUUCCUACAGCUGAGUUUUAAUACUUUCAGAAAGCUCCAUUUGCCAAAAACAAAUCUACACACACUGUUUAAUUUAACACAAAAUGCUGUACACGAUGAUGUAAAAUUAUAACAGAAUAUAAUCAAAACACAAUACAUUUUCAUAUUAGGCUUUAAUAAUAAAAUCCAAUGUGCAUUUUAACUCUAUAUUGUUUGUUUUUUUAAAAGAAAAAGAAUCACAGCCUAUAAUGCACCCUGAUACUUGCAGUAUACCCUUUUACCAGCAAGAGGCACUGUGAUCACACCUGUCCCGAUACUAGUUCGCAAAGACGAUUUGUAUGGCUAAUCGAACCGGUAUUAAUAACAAUUACUGAACCUUUCUUAAUGUUUAGAAUAAAGUUAGCAUACAAACGUACUUAGUACACAAGUACUUACUGAUGAUAUAUAGCUAGUAUUCUAUCACAAUAAGCAUACAAAAUUACAAAGCUUUGCAAAUCAUUAUGUUAAUGCAAUGAAGUAAAACUUUAACACCUACAGUUAAGGUAAUGAAAUGAGGUAAUUAAACAUA